AUGGGCCAAUGGACGCCUACAUUCAAAUUCAAAACCCUCAAAACCAAGGAGAGAAUGAACCCAGCUGUAGAAGAGGAAGUUACAAAGCACGAAAGCACAAUGGGGAGCGAAGAGCUCCCCCUGAGGGAAGUCUCACCGCACUCAUCAGACUCCCAGCAGCUUAGUAUUGACCUACCCGAUCCUGUAGUCUGCACAACCGAUAUCAACGUCAUCAUGGAGGACACAAACAAUCAGCUGCUAGGAGACCUACCAGAGCCAGCACCAUCAACUGCAAAUCCCUUCAUCUACACUUGGCAGACAGACCUGCUUAACGCUGCAAGAGUAAGGGAAAUCAAAUGCCAAAUCACGUUGGGAGACGAUCUUACCGCGGAAGAGGUGAAAGAGUUGAAUGAGUUCAUAGCAAAGAACGCAGACAUCUUUGCGCUUGCAUUAAAAGAGGUACUACCAAUACCAGGCGCAACACUGAACCUCAACAUACCAGAGAAUGCAACUUUCAAUAUGUGA